UGUCUCCUCCGCUAACAGAAGCCAACCUCUCCGCGUUGUCUCCUGGCGGGGAGCUCUCAGGGGCAGGGACACGGAGUCGGAAAGGGGGGCAAACAGCUGGCCGGAGAGGCUGAACACUCCAGCCAAUGACCGCGCAGCCUCCCGCUGGCUCCUCGCCUCUGCAGAAGCAGCGGAGCGUUUACACUGGGAGCCGCGCUUGGCUAACCCAGAGUGGCGGCGGUGUGAUUCCUGCCUCCCACCGCCUGGUCCUCCAACCGCACCGCGCUUCGGGGCCCGGCAGCCAGCGGGAGCGCACGGAUUUAGGCUGGUCAGAGCAUCACAAAGCCACUCAGGGGAGCGGCGGGCACCGAGCCCACCUGGUGCAGUAGGCGCGGAGAGAGAUCGAGUACAAACCCCUCGGGGGUGAGCCGCCUUUGCUCCUUCCCCGCCCCUGCAAGCGGAGCGCUGGGGCAGAAGCGCUUUGGUUCCUUCUGGCUGAUGCCUCUCAGGGGCUCCAGAGACAGCGGGGACCAAGGCAGCCGCCGCUGCCUAUGGGGCUGCGCGUGACUCUGCCCAAGAAUCGGGCCCGGCUGGCAAGCUGGAUCAGCCCCUGCUGCCGCCGGCAUGGUGCGGACCGGUGCUGCCGCCUGAGUCGCUGAGCGGCGUGGUGCUGAAAUGGACAGCAGCCUGCAAGACUGGCCCCUCAACGCCUCGGCGGCCGAAGGCAAAGGAGCCGGGGACCAGCUGCUCGGCAGGUUCGGGACCACGUGGACCAUCUCUUUGGCCGUGCUCAUGGCUCUGCUGAUCGUGGCCACCGUGGCUGGGAACGCGCUGGUCCUGCUGGCUUUCGUAGUGGACUCCAGCCUGCGGACCCAGAACAAUUACUUCCUCCUCAACCUGGCCGUCUCAGAUUUCCUAGUAGGUGCCUUUUGCAUUCCCUUGUAUGUGCCCUAUGUGCUGACAGGAAGAUGGGCCUUUGGGAAAAGCUUCUGCAAGCUCUGGCUGGUAAUUGAUUAUCUGCUCUGCACCUCUUCAGUCUUCAACAUUGUACUGAUUAGCUAUGACAGAUUCCUCUCUGUGACAAGAGCGGUCACAUACCGAGCUCAGCAAGGUAAUACCAAGCAAGCAGUGCUGAAGAUGGUAAUAGUGUGGGUCUUAGCUUUUCUGCUCUAUGGACCUGCAAUUAUCAGCUGGGAAUACGUAACAGGCCAAAGCAUCAUACCUGAUGGGGAAUGCUAUGCUGAAUUUUUUUACAACUGGUAUUUUCUCAUGACGGCCUCCACACUAGAGUUUUUCACCCCCUUCAUCAGUGUAUUGUUUUUCAACUUAAGCAUUUACCUGAACAUACAGAAACGCACCAAAAUCCGCCUAGAUAUCUUCCACGAAGUACAGAGCCAGUCGUUCAUGGAGGAGAUGGAAAUGAGCCAGGAAGGAAAGCUUUCCCUGAAAAGCUGUAAGUGGGACCAGAAAGAGGCAGCCAAAACCCUAGACCUUCCCAAAUGUGAAACACAACAAGCAGCUGCCAAUGCCAGUCAGAGUGUGAAAGACUCACAGACAGACUCAAAGAGCUCUGGGCCCUAUAGUGGGAAAUCAAAGUCUUUCAACAAGAGAAGCUAUAAACACUCAGUGUCUACAAUGUCUUUAGAGAAACGGAUGAGGAUGGUCUCCCAGAGCAUCACACAGCGUUUCAGGCUCUCCAGAGACAAGAAGGUGGCAAAAUCACUGGCAGUUAUAGUGAGCAUUUUUGGGCUUUGCUGGGCACCAUACACCCUCCUCAUGAUCAUCCGAGCUGCUUGCCAUGGCCACUGCAUCCCUGAUUACUGGUAUGAGACUUCCUUCUGGCUCCUGUGGAUCAACUCUGCUGUUAACCCUGUCCUGUAUCCCCUCUGCCACUACAGUUUUAGAAGAGCUUUCAUUAAACUCCUGUGCCCCAAGAAGCUAAAGAUCCAACCUCACAAUUCCCUCCAACACUGCUGGAAGUGAGUCAAUCCGUCCAUGUAUUUGAGCUGUCUUAUUGCUUUGUCAUAUUUUGCAAAACCACAGUAGUUCAUUUCCCUUGAAGAAUGUGAUGAUAGCACUUUUGGGGAGUAAGGGUGCUCAGUAUUAACUUCUCAUGCUCUCUGCAGGGACAAAAAUGGGCUGAAUGGACAGAUGUGUGUUUAAUCCUAUGGCACUUAUGUCUGUGUUCACUCCCCUACACAUGCACAGAAGAGCUCUACUGCCACCUAGCCAGCCAAAUGGGAUUGGUACUUAUUACAAAAAAGAAGCCCAAAAUGUAAAACUAAUCUUGCCCACUGUAAGUAAUAUAUAGUUUAACCCAGAGGUUCUCAAACUGUGGUCCAUGGACUACCAGUGAUCCGCAAGCUCCAUUAAGGUGGUCCGCCGAUAGUUCCCUCUAAGGUGCGUGCCUAGGCAGCCGCACAUGAGAGAAUAAAGGGCCUAAUUGGUGGAGCCGU